CGUGCGCCUACCCAGUAGGGAGGUUGACGAGGAAUGGCCGGGAGAGCGGCAGAUGGUCGUGAUUCGACACGAAGUCCAGUCGCGGUCCCCCCACAGAACGGCAACGCAGACGACGGUGAGGAACGUACUUCUUCUGUGCCGCCGUCACAACUAGGAGGUGGCCCGCGUGCCGGUGGACGUGUCCACGAGCUGCCCUCAGCCUUCCAAGUUGCUGCAACAGAUUCUAGACGCAGCCGCUAGUGACAACGCGUCGGAUUCGGUCGUUUGUUUGGUUUCCUUAUUCUCCUCCAAAACAGAUUUGUCUUUAGCACCAAAAAACAAACAAAGACACACGAUCGCAUCGGAAAAGGUAAAAACGAG